UGUAUGUGUGUGUGUGUGUGAGAGAGAGAGAGAUGAGGACAAUCCAGUGUCAAAGUCAUCCAGAGCAGCACGGAGCCUCCAGCAGCCUCCACAGCCUCAGGAGCAGCAGCGGCACCAUCACCAUGAGUCUACUCAGCUCAUCCAGCAUCAGCCUGGCUGCUCUACUCAUCCUCACCUUACCAGUCUGCAAAAGUGCUCCAGCAGAAGUCCAGCAAGUCACAAUAGGCCAGAGUCAACCACACAGCCAGAUCGACACCGUAUGCUCGUCAUACCUCUCUGCAGACCAUAAGUUUCAGGCAUCUGACGUCUUAGGUGAACUCUGUGUCAUGAUGCUGGUUCAGAGGUCAAAGGAGCUGAGGGGACAAGAAAAAAGUAAAAGGGCUGAACUUCAGGGACCUGGUGGAAUCCAGAGCAGAGGUUACUUUCUCUAUCGGCCACGAAAUGGAAGAAGAUCCUUAGAAUAUGAGUAAAAUAAAGGGUACAGAGAAGACAGAGACAGCGAGACCCAAGCUGCUGCACCACGACCGACUGAUCCAAUCUGCAACCACAGCCCUCUGCCACUGCUGUAUAGUGAUAUCUGAAUGUACACAAAGAAUAUAAUUAUAAUACUAGUCAUUGUCCAGAUUUUAUUUUGUGCUAUAUAUUUGUCAUUUGCAUUAAAAUGCUAUAAUGUGUUUGCGUGUUACGUUUGAUUUGUUAUACACUGUAUUGUAAACAAUAAUCUUUCACUGUGUUUAGAGAAGCAUGAAAUAAGUCAUUUUUUUUGCAUGGAUGCGGAAUUACUGUAAAUGAUUAAAAUGAAAAGUAAAACACACAUCAGGUUUAUUUACACCUUAAAUG